AGUGCACGAAAACUAGAUGGGUCAUUUUCGCUACAUCCCGUUGAAGGCCUCGAGUAAUUGAUCAACAAAACUGACACAUAUGUAUCAAACAAGUCGAUAUUGAUGAAAAUUUGCAAAAUGGAUGAAGCUGGUAAGCGAUUGAUUGUAAAAAACGAGGGUCCGGUGAAACAAAAUUUGCAGGACGACGCCGAGAUAGAACUUGUUGGGGGUGCAACAGAACAGAGGAACUGGAGGGGGAUAGCCAUAGCCCUGCUGGUGAUUCUCAUUGUGUGUGCCCUCAUUGUCACCGCCAUCAUCCUUGUCACACCAGAUGAUGAGACUAAAAAAGGUAGUGAUGAGGAAAACAAGAAGGAGCAGUUCACCUUUAAUGAUUUCUAUGGCCAUGACUAUAAGAUUCAAAGCUUUCAUCCUAAAUGGAGAGGCCAUGAAGAUUCCUUCGUUUACAGAAAUGAAGAAGGAUCCGUGUUGCUAUAUAAUUGUACCUCCAACAGUACAAUAGACCUCCUGGACAAUUCCACAUUUAGAGAGUUGAACACUGGGAGCUUUGACAUCUCCGCUGAUCAGAAAUUUGUCUUUCUACCAUAUGAUGUCCAAGGAAUUUACAGACACUCCAAAAAGAGCAAAUACAAAAUAUUGGAAUUAAAAACAAGAGAACUGAGAUCCUUCCAGCCAAUGGGUGGAUCUUCAGAAUUCCAAUAUGUCAGCUGGGCUCCCCAGGGACAUGGAGUGGUUUUUGUACAACACAACUCAAUUUACUAUAUGGCCAACCCAUGGGACCAGAUGGCCAAACCUGAGGUCAUAGUCCAAGACCCCGGCUCUGGCGAGAUAUUUAAUGGAGUACCAGACUGGGUGUAUGAAGAGGAAAUUAUAUCUUCUGACAACGCCAUCUGGUGGUCUCCAAAUGGUGACAGAAUUCUUUAUGCAGUUUUUAAUGAUUCUUCAGUCAGACCAUACUAUUAUCCUUAUUAUGGUGAUAUGGAAAAUGCAUAUGGAACAAAUAUGAAAAUAUUUUACCCAAAGCCAGGAUAUGGUAAUCCAACGUUUACAUUAUAUAUAAGGAAGCUCGGCACAAACAACCAGACCUUUAUGUUAAGUCCCCCAAACGAGUUCAAAAACAAAGACCACUAUUUUACCACAGUAACUUGGAUCAACAACGAAUAUGCCUUGAUUUCUUGGUUGAACCGUGCCCAGAAUAAAACAAUAUUGACAAUCUGUAGUGUCAUGAAUGGAAAAUGCAAAAUGAAUCAAGAGGAGGAAAGUAGAGGUGGUUGGAUUGAUCUGUACACGCCACCGAUAGUGAGCCCAAAAGAGGACUGGUAUUUUAUGAUUAUUCCCAGACAAGAGUCGGAGUUGGGCUCAUUCAAGCAGAUCCUGAUGGUAGAAGCCUCCGUGAGUAACAACAAGCUUGAUAGUGCUCCUGCACAAAAGAAAUUCCGAACUGGAGGAACAUCUGAUGUUAUGCAGAUUGUAGGCUUUAAUGCUGACAAUCAAAUUUUGUACUUCAUUGGGGUUCCAAACGGGGAUUCUAGAAAGAGGCACCUCUACAGCAUAAGUACAAAGAUAACGGACAACGAUAUGAAGGUGACGUGUCUAACAUGUGACUACAGUCCUGACUGCCAGUAUGUCUCGGCCAGUUUUAGCCACUCCGGAGAGUACUAUGUUCUAGGAUGUCUGGGUCCCGCUGUACCCUACUAUGUCCUCAAGUCAACAAAACACCCCAUAGAUGGCAAUUCCACAGAUAUCACAUUUGAAAACAAUGACCAUUUGAAACAGAAGUUGGCAAACAAAGCUCUUCCAAAGAUUGAAUAUGUUAAUAUUCCAAUCAACGAAAAAGAAUUUAUGUAUGCAAAGAUGAUGCUGCCUCCAUUGUUGGACAAGAAGCAAACCUAUACAUACCCUUUACUUUUUAGUGUAUAUGGAGGUCCAGACUCACAGAAGGUGACCUACAGGUUCCAGCUAGGGUGGGAGGAUUACUUGGUCAGUUCUAAGAACUACAUAGUGGCCUAUGCUGACGGUCGUGGCAGCACAGGAAGGGGACAGAAGUGGCUUCAUGCUGUAUACAAAAAUCUGGGAACUGCUGAGAUAGAGGACGCCAUCAAAGCAGGAAGGCAUUUCAAUGAUCUGCCCUUUGUAGAGUCCAGCAAGAAAGCUGUUUGGGGAUGGUCUUACGGUGGAUAUACAACGGCCUCUGUGAUUGGUCGAGGAGAUGGUCUAUUUGAGUGUGGGAUAUCAGUGGCACCUGUCACCGACUGGCACUACUAUGACUCUGUGUACACAGAAAGAUACAUGGGAAUGCCACACGAAAAUGUAAUGGGAUACAAGUCCUCCAAUGUGUCACAGUAUGCAAACAAGUUUAAGAACACCAAGUACAUGUUGGUCCAUGGAACAGGAGACGAUAAUGUACACUUCCAAAAUUCAGCUCAAUUCAUAAAAGCUCUGGUGGAGGAAGAUGUCUUCUUUAGAUUGCAGGUAUACACAGAUCAACAGCAUGGAUUGCGCGGUGGCAACACAAGGAAACAUCUAUAUGGAAGUUUGGAGGACUUUUUGGGUGAAUGCUUCGAGGGAGUUUCAAAAAACUUUGGAAUCAAUCAUAAGAAAGAUCAAAAGCAAACGUCUGCGGCGUGAAAUUCCAGAACAAUAUUCAAACUGGUCUACCAAUUAUAUUACCCAAGUGAAAAUUUCAUGCAAAAACAACCAAUCAUCAUGCAUUUGGCAAACUGAUUUUGUUUGACUGAGAAAUAACAAUUAUCACUUUUGAUUGGAGAAAUUGAACUGGUUCCUCAUAAACAGUUCUAAAUGCUGCUAAUAAGCAACAUGACUAUGUUAGAAGGUGCUACAUGUAUGUACAUUGAAAUAUGCAUAUGCAGAAUUAGAAAUAGGAAUCCAACUAGAUUGUAGCUAAUAAGCAUGAAUGUUGAUAUCAUAACACCACCUUAAUUAAUUAACUUUGACAAUGGUUUCUUAAAGUAUUUAGAAAUGUUGUCGAAUGACCGAAGACCAGCGUGUCUUUCAGAUUACAUAAUUGAUCAAUGUAGAGAGGAUGGAGGGUCGAUCAUUUUUUUGCCUUGUAAAAGUCUAGUGGAAUAUUGAGCUUAUGAUGGCCCGAUUUCUGUGAGUACGAUGCCCAUGUAUCCAGUAUUUACCUGCCUAAUGUGUAAGGCAAUGAUUAUCACUAACACCGUUGUUCAGAGAUCUGUCAACGCUAGGUGUUGUAUUGUAAAAAAAAAUAUGAAAGGAUAAUUUAAUCUAAUUUUUAUUUGACCCAAUCUCAUGUGUCAUGCAUUUUAACCAUAUUUUUCAUAGAAUGAAAUUAAGUCAAAUAAUGAUGCUUCCAAACAUUUUGAAAUACAUUUCUGGUCAUUAAAAUUUUCAUGUAGUUAAACAUGUACAGAAAAAUGAAUGACAAGUUAUAUUUAGUGGUGUGUAUCCUAUAAUUCAUGAAAGUGAAAACCUGCACCCAAGUGUCAAUCUCAUUAUCUGCCAUAUUGAUGCCAUUAAGAUUAGCAGAUUUUCAGAAAUGGUGUACAUAUUUUAGUUUCACUAAAACAUUCAUAUUUAGUUUAUUCCUCACAUUAGUUGAUUGAUUGCUUAUUGUUUUAAGAACCUUUUCUCCAUAGAGAAUGACCGACUUGAACCUAUUUUCAUAUCACAAAAGUUUUCAUAUUCGUAAUAACCUAGCUGUUAUGUUGCAUAAAUCACCUAACUAUCCUGUAUAAUUUGCAUAAAAACCCAGCAGGAAUUUGUAUUUAAGCACCUCAAAAAUGUACAUGUACUACACUUAAUAAAUUUGGUCUGUAAGCUGAAAUAAUUCUAAGCUAGGUUUUGUUACAAAUAGAUUUCCUUCCAAGUCUUAGACCCAUCAAAACAAAUACCCCAGUGUUGUGCUGUGGGGGUAUGUCAUAGCCAAAAUUGAGGCAGGUCCUCGAUAUAUGUUUGGAGUAAUAAAAAACAGAAAACUAGAUGUUGAAGAUAUCGAUUCAGAUGCAUGAUUCCAGUGACACAUCAUUAGUAAAAAAAAAUCUCAUCAGUAAAACGACACCAAUAUCCACAUUUGAAAUGAAAAAUAUAUAUGAUUAUUACAAAUUGGUAGGUCUUUCUCUUUUAAUUAAAAAAAAGUAUGGUUUAAUUACAAUGACGUGUGAUCACGGUGAUUACAAUGCGUAUAAUUUGUUCUCAUUUCUACAUGAAUUUCAUGAGACAUGUGAUAUAGGGAUGAUUGGAUAUUCAAAUUAUUCAGGUGAUCAAUUAAUUUGACUAACACUACUGAGUGUGAAUGUUAAAGCUGAGAGAGAGAGAGACUUUCAGGACUGUGAUCCUCAAAACAAUAUAAAACAUUCAUAGCUUGUGCAUUUUUCAUUGAUUGUAGAUAUGGUGCAUAUGUUUAAGAAUGUUGUGUGAUGAUUCUGGUAGACAGAUUUCUAAUAAUGACAGGAAAAAAGUCAAGCGAUAAAAAAUUAAUGAUACACAGUGAUAUUGGGUGGGCCCUUUUAUAUUUUAUAAAGGAUGUUUCAUUUAUAUUGCUAAGUUUUUGUUCCGAUCGUUUCUAGAUAUGAACGGUGCAACUUCCUACUAAUCUUAUGUGUAGUUAAAUUAGAAAAAGACAACAUUUUAAAAUCAUGAUUGUUGUUUUAAAAAUGCUAGAAUCUCUGGUUUUGUGCGACUCUGUCUAUCUACUGUCUCUAACGAAUGAUCUCUGAUUAUGUUAUGUAGCAGCUAAACAGUUCUCAUUACAUUGUCACAGUGUUCAACAAAAUAAAAAUAAUUUUACAUGUGAAUACCAUGUAUGUUGGUAUUCUCAAAAUUACCACUUUAAUUAUUUUUUUUCUUUUUCUUUUGCAAUUCUGAAUUUUCAUUUCUCAAAAGUUGUAAUAUAUUUCUUACCAUGGUGAUUAUUUCUUUUGUCAAUUGUGAGUUAUGUCUCAGCAUUUAGUGAUAAAUACAGACUGUGUGCAAGGAUGUUGAAUCUGUGAAUUUUAUCUCCCCCUUUUCCCUGUUAGACUUUCCUAAAAAAUUUAUUAUUGUAGUGUGUUAAUGUUUCACGAAGUCUCAUGUUUUUUUUUCUGGGUUUUUUUUUUUUUAUUGUUACACCUUUACAUGAUUGUUAUGACAAUUCUAUAGUGUCACCAAAUAAAAUGGAGAUAACAACCACAGUAAAAUUGUUCAUUUCUCUUUGAAAAUUAUGCCUUGCAGUUUAAACUGAAAAAAGAAAAUGAAACUCGAGAGGCCCAUGGACCACAUUGCUCACCUGAGCUACAGCAACAUUAAAUCCUUCUUGUGACCCAUCUUGUUCCUGGGGGGUAUGGAGCGCCAAAUUAACAUAAACUCAAAUAAUUGAAGAUAUCUGCAAUUAUUUGAAGAUAUCAUCAAUUCAUUUGAUGCGCACAACAAUUGAAUUAAAGAUCUCUUCAAAUAAUUAAUGAUAUCUUCAAUUCUGAAUUAUUGCGCUCAUUAAUUGAAUUGAUGAUAUCAUUAAUUCUUCAGCUGAAUUGAUGCGCGCUUUAAUUGAAUUAAUGAUCUCUUCAAAUGAAUUAAUGAUAUCAACAAUUGAAUUGAUGCGCGCUACAAUUCAAUUGAAGAGAGCAAUAACUGAUAUAAUGCGCACAUUAAAUCAAUUGAUGAGAGCAAUAAUUGAAUUGAAGUGCGCAUUAAUUCAUUUGAUGAGAGGAAUAAUUUAUUUAAUGCACGCAUUAAUUCAAUUAAAGAGAGCAAUAAUUGAAUUGAUGAUAUCUUCAAAUAAUUGAAGAUAUCUUCAAUUAUUUGAGUUUAUGUUAAUUUGACGUCCAUAGGGGGGUCAUGAUUAGAAUAAAUUUGAACCUUCACUACCACAGAAUACUUGCAUAUUAAUUUGUAACAAGAUAAUUUAGGGAAUUUAUGAAUGGAACACCUAAACAAGAGAUCCAUGGGCCACAUCGCUCACCUGAGUCACCUUGGCCCAUAUCUGAAGACUUUCCAUAUAUAUUUGCAUCUAAAAACCUUAGUCCCUAUUGUGGCCCCAACCUACCCCUGGAGGCCAUGAUUUUUACAAACUUGAAUCUGCACUAUGUCAGAAAGAGUUCAUGUAAAUGUCAACUUCUUUGGCCCAAUGGCUCUUGAGAAGAUUUUUAAAGAUUUUCCCUAUAGAUUUGUAUGUAAAACUGUCAUCCCCUAUUGUGACUCCAACCUAACCCCAGGGGCCAUACUUUGAACAAACUUGAACCUGCACUGUGUCAGAAAGCUUCUAUGUAAAUCUCAGCUCUUCUGACUCAGUGGUUCUUAAGAAGAUUUUUAAAGAUUUUCCCUAUAUUUGUAUGUAAAACUAUGAUCCCCCUUGUGGCACCACCCUACCCCUGGGGGCCAUGAUUUGAACAAACUUAAAUCUGCACUAUGUCAGAAAGCUGGCAUGUAAAUAUCAGCUUUUCUGACUCAGUGGUUCUUGAGAAGAAGAUUUUUAAAGAUUUUCCCUAUAUAUUUGUAUGCAAAACUUUGAUCCCCCUUUGUGGCCCCAUCCUACACCCGGGGCCAUGAUUUAAACAAACUUAAAUCUGCAUUAUGUCAGAAAGCUGGCAUGUAAAUAUCAGCUUUUCUGGCUCAGUGGUUCUUAAGAAGAAGAUUUUUAAAGAUUUUCCUUAUAUAUUUGUAUAUAAAACUUUGAUCUCCUAUUGUGGCCCCAUCAUACCCCCAGCGGCUAUGAUUUGAACAAACUUAAAUCUGCACUAUGUCAGAAAGCUUUCAUGUAAAUUUCAGCUCUUCUGGCCCAGUGGUUCUUGAGAAGAGGAUUUUUAAAUGACCCCACUCUAUUUUUGCAUUUUUGUGAUUAUCUCCCCUUUGAAAGGGACAUGGCCCUUCAUUUGAACAACUUGAAAUCCCUUUGACCAAGGAUGCUUUUGGCCAAGUUUGGUUGAAAUUGUCCCAGUGGUUCUGGAGAAGUUGAAAAUGUAAAAAGUUUACGAACAGACGACGGACAAUAGGCGAUCAGAAAGCUCACUUGAGCUUUCAGCUCAAGUGAGCUAAAAAACAAAUGCAGAUGGAUAGAGAGGAAUUACACGUGGUAGCCCCUUGUACCAUUCAUAUAAGUAGACACGUCCUUUCAUUAAAACCCAAUUUAAAAUUUUUAUAAAUGCAUUAGGGUGAAUUAAUUAUAUUGUUGUUUAAAUGAAAGAUUGAAAAUGAAAAUAAUUCCCAUUUCUAGCUUAACUUUAAUCUGAUCCUCUUCCCACAAUUCUGUUUGCACUCUCUACAUUGAAUGUAGAGAGUGCAAACGUAAUUGUGGGAAGGACUAACCAUUUUAACUUAAUUUACAACUUGAAAAAGAGGGCAAUAACUUAAAUGUCAGCUUUUCCAUCAGUUUCUUGAAAAGGAAUUUCUGGUUUGUAGGUUUUCAAGAUGUGUUUGUGAAACACUGAUUCCCCCAUGGCCAAGAUCAACAUCGUAAAGUAAAAAAAGUUUUAGUAUGAUAAAAUAUGUCUUAUCACAAAGAAUACACGUGUGAAAAAUGAAAACCCUAGCACUGACUAUGCAAAAUUAUGCCCAAGGUUAGAAUUUUUCAAAUGAAGGUGAAACAUCAAGGUAAAGGUCACAAGGUCAAACAUUUUGGUACCAAUAGAAAAGUCUUGUGACAAGGAAUACAACUGUGAAAUAUCAAAGCCCUAUCAUCAUCCAUUCAAAAGUUAUGGCCAAGGUUAAAAGUUUUUGCAACCAGAAAGACCAAAAACUAUAUGCCCCUGAAUUUCAGAUUAUGGAGACAUAAAAACAUAGACUCUUCCUCUUAAAUGUAAGUUGUAACACAUGGGAAGCAUGCUAGUAUAAAACUAUUUAAUACCUUAGGAAUUGUGAUCUUGACCUUUUACCUUUGAUCUCAAUAUCAAUAGCAGUCUUUCAUAGUAUAGAGGCUCAUCACACUGACUCAAGAGUGAAAAUGUGAAGAUAACGAACAGUGAUCAAUCUCUCAACUCCCAUAAGGAUACAAAAUUAAGAGUUGGGGGGGGGGGGGGGGCAAACAUAGACUCCUGGGCAUACCAGCUAGGUGGGAUCAGGUGCCUAAGAGGAGCAAGCAUCCCCUGUGGACCUGUCACACCUGCCAUAUCUCAAUCAGGUAAAUGGAGUAAUCCGUAGUCAAAUUCAGUGUUAAGAGCGGUCCAACAGUUGGUAUGAAACACGCCAGACAGCAUUUGAUCCAACAACAGGUUGUAUUGACAAACUAGAUUGUUUUAACGACCAUAAAAUUUGUGAAAUGCUGACUUUAAACAACACUGCUGAAAUCCCUGUAACACCAACUUGUUUGUCAGUAGCCUGCCUCAAUUUAGAAAUUGAUUUUGCACAGAACAUGCUCUCGCGAAUCAAAUCUGUUGAGAAACAUGAACACCAUAUGCAGGUGAUAAUGGAAUAUUGCUACAUAAAUAUGUGAAGUUGAUGACAGAGAAGAUGACGUCAUCCCAUUUGUCAUAAAGUUGUCGUUAUCAUCGGGAAACCAUUUUAUGAAUUUGGGACCAUGGCCUUUUGACCUCAAAAUCAAUAGGGGUCCGUUCUAUGUCAUAGGAAGUUGUUGUAUGGAAUUUCAUAGCAAAAGCUUAUUGAUUUUCAGAGAUAGAGUUGGAAAACAAGGUAUGACAGACAUACAAAAUGAAUUAAAUCACACUGACAGACAGAUGGACAGCCACAUCCAAUUGUAGAAAUGUCUUGUCAAAAGGAAUACACAUAUGAAAUCCCUAUCACUAACCAUUAAAAAGUUAUGACCAAGGGUAAAGUUUUUCAAAAGAAGGUCAAACAUCAAGGCAAACAUUUGACAAUAUGUCAAAACUUUUGGUUCCAAAGAAAGGUCUUGUCACAAGGACACACAAGUGAAAUAUGAAAGCUCUAUCACUACCCACUCAAAAGCUAUGGCCAAGGUUAACAGAUAGACUAAAAAUAUAUGCCUCCGAAUCGCUGCUUAGGUGGGGAGGAGUGGAGGUGUAGGAAGGGCCCAACAACAUAGACCCUUCCUCUUAAAAGUACCGGUAAACAGUCACCAGUUGUAAGAAAAGGAGAGCUGAAAUACAGUAUAAAACUAAUACCUUAUACAAAUUGUGACCUUUCACCUUUUGAACUAAAAAUCAAUAUAGGUUUUUUUAUUUUAUAGAUAUCGUCAACUUCCCAUAUUAAUGUAGCAAUAUUCCAUUAUCACCUGCAUAUGGUGUUUAUAUCUCUCAACUGAUUCGAUAUGCAAGAGCUUGUUCUGCGUAGUCAGUUUUCAAAUCGAGGUACCGUAAGCUACCGACAAGCAAGUUGAUGGUACAGGGGUUUCAAUAGUCUCGAUUGAAGUCAGCAUUUCGCAAAUUCUAUGGUCGUUAUAAUGAUCUAGUUCGUCAAUACAACCUAUCAUUGGGUCAUAUGCUGUCUGACGCGUUUCAUACCGAUUGUUAAGCCGUUCUUGGCACGUUGAUUUUGACUACGGAUAACUCCGUUUACCUGAUCAGGAUAUAGGGCUCAUGGUGGGCGUGACCGGUCAACAGGGGGAAGCUUACUCCUCCUAGGCACCUGAUCCCACCUCUGGUGUGUCCAGGGGUCCGUGUUUGCCCAACUAUCUAUUUUGUAUUGCUUGUAGGAGUUAUGAGAUUGAUCACUGUUCAUUAUCUUCACCUUUCAUUCACUGCAUAACCUUGGAGAAAACUAAUUAAAAGUUUAUAUCAUCUGGAAACCAUUUUAUGAUAUCAAUUUCUGACCUUGGUCUUUAACUUUUUCACCUAAAAAUCAAUAGGGGUCUUCAAGUCAGGGAGUUACUACAUGAAAUUUCAUUGAAAAAGUUUAUUGACUUUCAGAGAUUAGUGUGGAAACAAAGGUGUGACAGACAGAACGACGGACAGACCCAAAUUAAUAUCGACAACAAGCGGGGGCAAAAAUGUUUACAGUGGCUCUUGAGAAGAUUAUCUCUUAUAUUUCAAAGUAAAGCUUCAAACACUUAUCUCGGCCAAGGUGUCAUGAUUAGGACAAACUGCACUUUGUGAGGAUGCUUUCAUCAUGGUUCUUGUGACUUUAAAAAUAAGUUUCCAUCAUGCUCCUAAAUGUAAAUACAACCAUGAUCCCUCUUGUGGCCCUGCCCAGGCCUCGGGACUCCUGGUCUGAACAAAUGUGAAUUCUUAUCAUAAAGAUUUUCCAAUUGUCAUGUCAUGUAAACCUUUCAACUACAUCCAGAGUUCAUGAUGUAAAUAACUACAUAAGGGGCUUUGCAUAUAUCGAUUUGACAUUUUGUACCCUUGUGAAGUUUUAAAGCAGUCACAUCUUUUUUAGAUCUUCAUUUACCAAAGAGUUUUUCAGAAACCAAGAAUCAUAUAAUUCUGGACUCCCUUCAUCAAUACAAUUGAUGAAUAAAUAUACAAGCAUUCAUAAAUCUCAGUAAAUUAGUAAACCACAUUUUUCUCCUGCAGGAAAGAUAUGUGCUUAGAAUGUGUUUAACACAAAGUGUCAAUUACAUAUACUGCUUGUAAUUUAUGCCCGAUUUACGUCUCUUAAAACUUGCAUAGAGUAUAGUAGUAUUUGUUUCAUAAAUAUAUAUAUAUAUAUAUAUAUAUAUAUAUAUAUAUAUAUAUAAAGCACUAAAUAAUCACAACUAGGUACUGAAAAUUUUCGCCCAAGCUCGGGGUCGAACCAGCGACGUACGGCACCCACCGCCUAGCAAGAUUGUCAAACCAGUGCGCAAGUCCACUCGGCCACAACGACUUCCCUAAAAAAAGGAAGCUUUGUUAUGCUCCUAAAGCGCUACUUAUACACACUGAUGCAAUCCCACACAGUCGCUAUGUCAUUCAGUGUUUAAGAUAUAUAUAUACUAUUUCUUUGGCAUAUAAUUAUUAUUAUUAUGUCAAUUAAUAAAUGGGUUUGGUAUUUACAUAUAAAUGUAGCAUAGGGCAUUUACUUUAAAUGUGAUUCAAAUGUCAAUUUAAUGGUUUAUUCUAUUGGUGCAACCUGUAUUAUGCCUAAAAUUUUAGUGCUAAUCAGAUACUUGGACAAGUUUUCUUUAAAAGGGUUCUAUUAGUUAGUGGUCAACUUCAAUUAACCAUGUAAUUCAUCCAUGAUUAAUAUAGCAGUUCCAUGGCCUUGGUUUAUUUGGAAAACGCAUGGUAUCGGGAUUGAGCCCACUUUUCCAUAAUUAACGUUGUUUCACUUUUCUAAAAAUUUAAACAAGGCAAAGGAAAUAGUGAUAAAUGUACAUUAGAAAUAUCCAUGCACUGUGAAAUUAGUAGGAUAUUGAAUAUAUACAGGAAAAAAGUAACAGUAAGCUUAAUAUUUAGAAGGAAAAAAGUAACAGUAAGCUUAAUAUUUAGAAGGAAAAAAGUAACAGUAAGCUUAAUAUUUAGAAAGAAAAAUGACAUGACACUGAUGACUUUCACAUGGUUUUCUUCUAUCAGUAAACAAAACUUUAUACAGCAAGCAAAUAAGAAAAUACUUUUAUCUAUCGAAAGCUUAACACACUUUGUGUCUUUUCUAAUGAAUGUUUAACUUUUAAAAAAUCUUCAUGCAGAUUUUAAGUAGAUGUCCCUGUAAUACAUUCAAAAUAUGCCUAUACCUAUAAACAAGGUGUCAGAAGACAAUGUAGCUCGCCCGGACGCACCAUUCUAAUUACCAUAUCCCCCUUGCUUCAAAAAGAAGUUUUUGAAAAGUAGGUCAAGGUCACUAGUUUUGAUAUCAAUGAAAGACCUGGUCAUGAGGAAUCUCAGAGGUGUUUACCCAUAAUUAAGAGUAUCAGUAUUAUAUGAUGUUUUAUCAGUAUUUUUCAGUAGUAUGCGAUGUGAGCACCGCAUAGCGGUGAGAACCUGCUAGGGGUUUUGAAAAAUUAGAUGCAAAAUCCUGCUUUCUGACAGUUUUUAAGAGUCAUUUCUAAGAUAACAAAAUAAUAAAUUUGGUUGAUUUUUUUCUGUGACGCAAAACUUCAUAACCUCAGCCCGUGUAACUGACCGUUUAUGUUCUUUUUCCACUGACUUUUGAGAGACAAAAGAUGCCAUAGACAUAUUAGAGUUUUUCAUAGUGUUCAAUUCCUUAUGAGUUUUAGAUUCAACAUGUCUUUUGCAAUCGUUCUUUCCUCCAUGGCUGCAUGAAAAAUCACAAGAACACACGUUGCAGCGCACCAUGCACACGCCACGUUUGGAAGACGUCAAACAUGGCCACAGUUUUGAAUAACACUCCUUAUAUUUCUGAUCACUUGUCUGUCGUCGUUUUUGUUUCUUUGGAGAGUGUUCAUCAUCAGAAGAGUCCAGCGGACUCCCCCGUUUCGACAUUUCAUUCCUUCUGCACGUUUCCCGCAAAAACCUUCGAUACCUACUUUGAAAGCAAGUAACAGGAACGAUCAAUUUAGAUGUAUUCCGAUAGACGCUUAAGUCGCUAUCUCUACCGCGUUUUAAAUGAGCACAUUUAAUAAUGCUCUUUCAAGCAUUCCACUGAAAAAAAAUAAUAAUUUCGGAAACGGAUUGGAAACCGUAUUUCCGUGAAAAAAUCCGUAGUCCGUAUUUUACAUUUAAAAUCCGUAUAAAAUACGGAAAAUCCGUAGUGGUAAACACCUCUGGAAUCUAUAUAUAUCACUGUGUACAAGCCAAUGACCGAGUAUAUAUUACAGUCAUCAAAAAAUGGCAGCUGACCUCAUCAGUAAGAAUUUUAUAAAUCGCUUUUAUAAUUCAAACGAUUGAUUAUUCAUUUGCAUCAUUCUAAGAUUAUUUGUCACUGGCCUGUACACAGUGAUAUGUGAAAUAUCAAAGCCCCAUCGGUCCAAGAUGUAUAGCCAAAGUUGAUGUUUUUCCCCUUAAAAGUGUGAUGCCUACACCGAGGUCAUGACAAUAACUAUCUGGAAAUUCGUCCUGGUGAGCUAAAAAGUACUUUCAUAUCUAAUCUUAAAACAAGUGAACAAAAGUAAUGACUUUAGGAAAAAAAAUGUCCAAAUACCACAUUUUAGAAAAAGAAUCCUGAACUACCCUUAAAAAUAUAACACAAUCAAAUUAAUAAAUGCAUUAUAUUAUAUAGGUUCAUGCCAAAACAAUUGCCUGUACAUUUUUGUCACUUUGUUGUGAUCAAAUGCAAUUAUGCAUCCAGACUCACGAGGUACUGACCUCCAUUAUCUUCCUCUUUCAUUAUGCUUUCUCUACCUAUCCAUCUAAUGUCACUCACAAACAUUAUUUGUGUUGUUUACAUCACAAGCACAAUAUAGUGGUUCCAAGUUACUUCACAGAAUCUGUAACAGUUGUGAUAACUAUGUCAUCUAAGAUCUUCUAAAUGUGUUCUCCAAUAAGAUGAACAAAUACACAAUAUGUACACGAUAACCCAAAACAGUGUGAAUGACAUCAAUGAUACACAUGUUAACCUGGUUAUAUAUUGCCUGUAUCUGUACACAUUACAAUAAAACAUUUUAAACAUUUCUUACAAGAUACAAUCAGUAUUCUGUUAAUGUCUGUAAUUAAAUUCCACUGUAUAUCUCGAGUAAAAUAAACGUCUUUGUUGAAAUCAGAAACCACACACUUUUGCUUCAAACAUUCAUUUUAUCAGCACUCACAUAUCAAAACAUUAGAUAUUGAUGUGUAACAUUCUUACAUGCCUGUACAUGUAAUAUACAGAUCCAGAAAAUUCUCACAAAUAAUGAUAGUAUGUACAAGAAACCAAUAUACAGGAUUCAGACCAUAAAUAAUAAUAAUAAAAAAUAUAA